CGGGCGGCGGCGGCGGAGGCGGCGGCAGCCCGUGCCGGGAGAAGACGGUGACGGUGUCGACCCUGCCGGUGCUGCGGGAGAGCGACGUCGCUUGGAGCGGCGGCGGCGGCGGCGGCAAUAGCUCUCCGGGAUCCUCGGCCGCCGCCGCCGCUGCCCCGGGUUCGGUCCCCGGCGACUCCCGCUUGCUGCUGUUCGUGCGCAGCGAGCUGCCCGGGCGGGUGGCCGUGCAGGACGACCUGGACAACACCGAGCUGCCCUUCUUCACUCUGGAGAUGUCAGGAACUGUGGCCGACAUUUCCUUGGUGCACUGGAAGCAACAGUGGUUGGAGAAUGGCACCCUCUAUUUCCAUGUUUCCAUGAGCAGCUCCGAGCAGCUUGAACAGGCUACCCCGCCCACCCUGCAGGAACCUUCGGAGAUCGUAGAGGAACAAUUGCACAUCCUUCACAUCUCGGUUAUGGGUGGUCUGAUUGCUCUCCUUUUGCUACUGCUGCUGGUGCUUACCCGUCGCCUUCAGGCGCCCAGCGCUGGUAUACCGAUCCCGAAGAGCGCGUACUGAGGCCACCCAUCUAGAUCCA